UGUUAAUUUAUUUUCUUGAUUCCUAUUUCUACACGCGAACGUUCAAAAGCACAGGUCCAAAAUAGGUCAGUAUUAAACUUUAUAGCUAUAAAAGGAGAGCAGAUUUCUUCAAGCUUUGUUCGGCAGCUCUUGACAACCUUACAGAAACGUAGCGAAUCUUGUUUUUGUUCGCCCAACAUUGCGGAAAAGUAGAUCGAUGUCCGGAAUGCCCCAGCCACAUCAAAGGUAAAAUGAUGUGAUAUCCGUAUAAGGUUAGCACGAACAUGUAUUUACAUGUUUUCACACUACAAAAACUCGGCACGAGGCGGUACUAAACACGUGAGAGAUGUGAAAAAGUGGACAUGAAAAGCAGUGAAACUACCUGUUUAUUGGAAUGAUGUUAAAUAGGCCUAUAGGUAAAUUCUUACCGUGCUUAUGUAACAUCAUCGCAGCGCUUGCGUGUCAAAGGUCACAGCACCAUAAUUUGGUGGCGCGUGAGGAAUGCUAAUCCGCGAAUAUAACCACAAGUCAGCCUUUACUCUUGCGCGGCAUAGCCAGGUGAUGGGCGGGAUAGCCGGCGCAGAGCGACCGUUGACCCUGGUGACUUAGCGGUUUCCUGAGCACUGCGCGCUCGGCGCCGCGGCGCGAUGCGGCUCGAUAAAUGGGUGCGCCGUCCGUGGCUCUGUUCCAGUGCGGCAGGCCGCCACCCGCCGGCCGGACGCGCGGCCCGAGCAACCGGACCGGACCGGCGUGCCAGCAGCGCGCAGACAGCACGCACGGUCCGCCGACACGCAUCCAGCCAUGUUGGCGAUGCCCUGGUGGCUGAUCAUGAUCUUCCUCAAGUACACCAACAAGGCUCCGACCGGCUCGUUUGACUACGGUGACACUGACAGGUGGGCCAGCUCCUACCCACUCUGUGGUGGGCCGAUGCAGUCCCCUGUGGAACUCACUGCUACCAGGACUACCAUCAGUCGGACGCCCAAGCUGCGAUUUGCCCGGGGACUGAAAGACGGGGAGGUUGAGGUCACCAAUACUGGCCGAGAGAUCAAGUUGAAGCUGCUCCCAAAGAACCAAACCGAGCCGCUUCUGGAGCUAGUCUCUUACAGCUCACCCAUGAACGGUGCCUACACGUUUGCGCAGAUGCACUUCCACUGGGGCCCUGGAGCUCAGCACCAUGGUUCAGAGCACUGUGUAAACGACCAGUACACCGACGCCGAGGCUCACUUUGUGUUCUUCAACAGCCGCUACGGCGGCUUCAAGGAGGCGGUGCGCCACUUUGACGGUCUGCUGGUGAUCGGAGUGAUGCUGCGCGGCGCGCAGCAGCCCGGCGGCCUCGCGUUCCCGACGCUGGGUCUCGAGAACAAGCUGCACGCCAUCGACCUGCCCGGCAAUCGACUGACGCGGCGAUCCGACCUCACCUACUUCAAGACGCUGCUGCAGCACGCGGUCGGCAACUUCUACAGCUACCACGGCAGCCUGACCACGCCGCCGUGCAACCCGGUCGUCACCUGGAUGGUGGCGGCCAAGCCGGUGGAUGUGAGCAGCACCUUCCUCGAGCGGCUGAGGACAGAGAUCUUCGAGGACGCCGACGGCACCCGGCCUCUGGUCAACAACUGCAGGCCAACGCAGGGCCGAAGCGGACGCACCAUCACCAAGCACAUCAGCAUCGGAUAAGGCCGCCAAAGCCACUCCGCGACGAUGGGACUUUUGUAAUCUGUGUCAUGUGCAAUGGCUGGACCAUGGUUUGUUGGAGACGUAGAAUACUGUGAUUUAUAGGACCUUGCAUUGAACAAUUUCA